ACAUCAUCAGAUCAGAGCCCUCUGAGUGACCUGAACAUGAUGCUCUUCAGAGUCCCCUGUCUCUGGGUCUUCAUCAUUCUACCUUUAUAUCUGAAAACAAGUGACUGUACAGAGAUAAUUGGUGGAAAAGCGGUGAAGCCUCACUCCCUCCCCUACAUGGCCUUAUUAACUGGGAGAAUAAAUGAAACUCAUGGAAAAAGUUGUGGAGGAAUCCUUAUCAACCAGAAAUGGGUCCUGACUGCAGCUCACUGCAGGCCCAUUGAUAAGGUGUAUCUGGGUGUCCACUCCAGGAUGGACAGAGGGAAUGGUGUAGGAGUGGAAAAGAAUAUUCCCCAUCCUAAAUACCAGAAUGUGAGGAAUGGCAAUGACAUCAUGCUGGUACUGCUGAAGAAUUCAGUCAAGGAGACUAAUAAUGUCCACAUUAAGCCUCUACCCAAGCCUGUACGAAAUAUUAAGGCAAACAAAAAGUGUUUUGUGGCUGGAUGGGGAAGAACUAAAGAGGGAGGAGUCGGAUCAGAUGUCCUGUUGUCUGUGAACGUCACAGUGAUCGACAGGAAAAGGUGUUCUGAUAUGUACAAAGGAUAUUACAACAUCACCAAAAGAAUGCUGUGUGCCGGCUUCAAGAAUAGAGAUCCACCUGCUGACUCUUGCCAGGGAGACUCUGGGGGUCCGUUGGUGUGUGGUGGUGAACUACGAGGAGUUGUGUCCUUUGGUAAAGGAUGUGGUCGUGAGGAGUUUCCUGGGGUAUACACAUUCAUAUCUAAAUAUGAUGAGUGGAUCAAGGAGACCAUCAGAACCUCUGAGUGAGAUGUGUAUAUACAUGUAGCCCAGGCUACAUCACUUCUGCCAAUUCCAUGUUUUAACUGAUUUGUUUGACAGAAAUGCUUCAUGUUGUAGAAUGUAUUACUGUUGAUUGUUCUGAGCAUUAAAAAUCUAUAAAAAAUAAAUAAAUAAAUGGAGAC